GCCGAUUAAAAUUUAAGCGAUUAUAAUGGAGCAGGUGUGAAUUUUUGUGUUUUUUUGCUUUGUGAAUAAUUCAAUUAAUACUUGUUACGAGGUUGACAAAUGUUUGGCGAAUGGAUUCAUCACAGAUACAGAGUGCAAAUUCCCUCGACAAAUUGGCUCAUCGUGGUAUCGUACACCCCACACACGAACCAUAUACGAUAGAACUGCCAGCAACAUGUUGAAUGCGAAUUAAUUGGCCCACAGCCAGUCCUUCGAAAGCAGCAGCAGCAGCAGGAAAAAACACAAGAGCAGGCAGCUUGGGAAAUGUUUGCCAGCGCUUCUGAGCCUGCCCAAGAAUCGUUUGCCUGCAAUGGCAAUCUCAAUCCCUCCGUGGACGAAGCUGAUGCCGCAGAAAUCAAGAACCUGAAGAACAAUAACCAAAGCGAAAACAGAAGCCCCAGUUUUGUAGGAGGCGGCUCACCGCUGCAGGAAAUCGAUGAGCAUUACGUCUGCGACAUUGCCAUGAUGCGAAUCGGCGGGGAGGAGGUGCUCCCAGUGACACACAAUGCUCCGGUGGAUGAUGAUGACUCACUGGCCGGCCACAAUGAAAGUACAAGUACAAACAAUGAGAACGAGGUGGAGAUCGAUCGCCAGGAGGAGGAACAGGCGGUCAGCGACCUGGUGCGAUCGAGCAGUGCAGGAGCUCUCAUGGAGGCUGACAGCAAAAAUGGCGGAAGCAUGCGAGUGGUCUUCGGCAUCCUGGUGCGACUUGUUCUUCCACUGGCCAACGGGGUGGCCCGGGGCAUCAAGGGAAUUCGCGAUGUGCGCGUGCUGAGGGUUCUCCAGAAUCUGGCCUCCAGCCGACAGGCCCUCACCAACCUGGUGGCCUUUGCCGCCAACACUAUAUCACUGAAUCUGUCCUCGGUUCAGGUAUCCAAUCGCAUGGGGCCCCUACUGAAGCUCCUGAAGAUGCGCAAAUCGCAGGAUGGCCUCGAGAGUCUUCCCGACACCCUGAGUGCCCCCUCCACGCCCUGCACGCCCUGCCCCACGACCAGCAAUCCGAUGCAGGGUCCGCCCUUCUACAGCGUUCGCUCGGAUGCGCCCAGCUGUUGUACGAUCAACAUCCUGGCCGAACCGCCACCGGGUCAGCCGAUCCGAGCAGAUAUAGUGCUGAUCCAUGGUCUGCAUGGAUCCCUGGUGAAUACGUGGAAGCAGGGACUGUGGCAGAACGACCGCCAGCCGGUGGAAUUCGAGAGGCCACCACGUCCUCCGGUGCGUCCGCCCAAGCGACCUCGUCACUCCCGCAGUGCGGCCAUUCAUCCGGCUCCGCGGGAGAAGAGGGCCAAGUUUGCUUCCCUGAACCGCUGUGUGGACACUCCGGAUGAUGCUCCACUGCGGCAGAGGACGCGACUGCAGAGAUCCAUGGCCAUGAGGCCGGAGAACUUCCAGUUCAAUGCUUCCGACAGCGAUGACAGCGAUUAUGCGUAUGUCUGCGGGGAGCCGGAAGACAUCCAGAUCUGCGAGGGAAUCGAGUAUAGUUUCCCCACUUUUCGGCUGAGGAUGCAGGACAACAGCAGGUUGCUACAGGCUGAGCUGGAGUCCAUGCUGCAGGCUAAUAAUGAGGAGCCACUUAACGCUGGGAAGGAUAACCGCCCGCGUCCCGCCUCACCGGCCACGCCCCGCAAAUCCUCGAGGAAGAGCAAGCCAUCGCCCAACGAUCCCAAUUACUCCAAGUGUUGGCCCGGCGACUGGCUGCCCUUGGAUUGUCCGGGGGUGCGGGUCAUAGCCCUCAACUACACAACCGACCAGUACCUCUGGCGACCGUUGUGGAAGAGCAAGGAGCCCAGGUCCAGUCUGAUCCAACGCUCGCGGGAAAUGGCCGAGCUGCUCAUCCAGCAUCGCGUGGGUCAUGGCCAUCCCAUCAUCUAUGUGGGCCACUCGAAGGGCGGUCUGUUUAUCAAGCAACUGAUGGUGGAUGCCUGGGAAAGUGGUCGACCUGCGAUGACCCCGCUCUGGAGAUCCGCCCGCGGUUGCUUCUUCUACUCGGUGCCACAUCGGGGAUCCCACUUGGCCAGCAUCAAGGCGCCGCUGCUCUCGCGAUCUGUAGAGCUACUUGAGAUUGAGAAAAACAACAAGUACCUGCUGGAUCUGCAUAGGAGAUUCGCGGGACUAUAUCAUCUGGGUCACUUAAAGAUCGAGGUGUUUAGCUUUGUGGAAACCGCCCUGACGCUCAUGUCAGUGCUCUAUCUACGCAUCGUGGGUGUGGACUCAGCUGAUCCUGGAAUCGGUGACGUCUGCGGCAUUCGUCUCGAUCAUCGAGAGAUCUGCAAGCCCCGUGGACGGGAUUGUAUUUUGUACAAAGAACUGGUGAAAAUGAUUGAAAAGGUGUGCUGAGCGCAGUCGGCGUAACUGAAAGUACAUUAUACGUGAAAGUAUACUGUAUCUAGGACCUGAUCUAUUUGAAACCGAAUUGUGAAUAGAACCGACAACUCUGAGGUGUCAUGAUAAUUACGCGUACCUAAAUGUGAUGCCCCAGCAUCCAACUGGGGCAUGCUUAAUGUUAAAGCGUCGCUUGUUAAUUGAAUAGUGCAUAGCAUAGUUGUUUUUCAUAAACUUUAAUUCGCCUAUCCAUAGCUCAAGUUAGUUGUACAUUGCAUUAUGUGUUGCCUCUAGUUUAAGCUUAAAGAAAAAAGAGCAGAUGAAAAUGCUUAAAUAUGCCAUCGGGCGUCAAUGAUAAUUUUGCAAUUUUUGUGAUCGAUUGUGAUCAUGUUUUUUAGCACUUUGUUGUGAUGAUCCCUCAAACACCCGUGAAUACGUUAUUGAUAUUGUACCAUACACAUAAAGAUAUAUUUAGAGUUCGCUAGUAUACCUACUAUAAAUUUCGUUAUCUGUAAACCGAAAAUCUACACCGCUGUAAAAUGUUACCAACGAAGACAAAAUUUAUGCAUAUAUGAAUUUCCAGAAAUUUAACCAAUCGAUGUUUUAUACCUAGUUGAUAAGAAUUGAAUUACUAAAAAUAAAAAUAAUUUUAUUUUAUAAAAUAGUUGGACAACCUAUUAUUGGUUAAAUAAACCGGCUUAUAAAACCAAUAAAAAUCCAAGUAAAUGAAA